AUGCGUCUCCAUGCUGCGCUGAUCCUUGCAGCAUGUCUCGCCCCGGCAGCUGCGAUUUACGAGGACGACGCAUACCACAUUGACUUCCAUUAUGCGCUGCUAGGCCUGCCAAAACACGAAGCCACCUUUUUCCAGAAGCCAUACGCCGGCUCGAAAGCUUCCCUCCUCUACUCGAUAUCACAAAACCAAACAAUUGGUGCAAUCAACCCAAAAGACGGUGCACUCGUUUGGCGACAACACACCGUCACUGAGCCCAAUGGAAAGGGACAUCUCAGGGCAGGAAGUGAUCAGGAUACUGUCAUCAGCGCUGUAGGGGAUCGCAUUACCGCAUGGAGCGCCUCAGAUGGAAGGCUUGUAUGGGAGACCAGUGUUGGUGGAGCAGUUGUCGAGGACCUAGAGAUCCUAGAACAAGAAGACGGAAUCACGAACAACGAGGCCAAAGACGCUGUCAUUCUGCUGGCCGGUGGUAGCACCGGCGUACAGAGACUUGAUGGAAAGACUGGGCGAGUGAAGUGGACGUAUGAAGACACAAGCGGAGAUGUACCAUUCCAGGUGUCCACCUCGCCUACGACUAUCUACUACAUAUCACUUCACUCAUCAAUGCUCGGAGGAUCAAAACUCAGAGUCACGUCUCUCAGCCCCGUCACUGGAAAGAAGACGGACCAAUACACACUGAACUCGGACACUGAGAUUACGUCUCACACCAACAUUCUAUACGCUGGAGCAAAUACGGCCGCACCGCUGCUGGCAUGGACCGACAAAGCAAACAAAGUGCUGAAAGUAAACAUUAUCGGCACAAAGGGCAUAUCAAGCUUCAGCACACCGUCAAACGAGGUCGUGGAGAACAUUGUACUGCAUGCCCCCAAUCACGUCAAUUCGCUGCCUCAUUUCCUGGUUGAAUAUCAGACUGUUGUCGGACACUCCGCCGAGGUCUACCAUGUCGAUCUGAAGAAGAACACCGUGUCCAAAGCUUACAGUCUCCCAGAACUUACGAGCAAGGGCACUUUUGCGACCAGCACAUCGGACGCCAAUGUUUACUUCACAAGGAUCACGGAGGAUGAAGUUACUGUCGUUUCGUCUGCCUCGCAAGACGUACUUGGCCGGUGGAGUGUUGAGGGGUCACCAGUUUUGGCUGGCGCCUAUCCCGUACAUGGCGUCUCUGAGAUUGUUAUCAAGUCAGGAGCCGCUACCGCCGUCCGAGCAGGAGUUUUGUUCUCCAACGGACAAUGGGCACUCAUUCGAAACAGUGAAGUGGCUUGGACGCGACCAGAAUUCCUAUCCCGAACCGUGUCCGCUGCAUGGCUAGGCCUCCCAGAAGAGGAGUCACUUGCGCACCAGCUAGAAGUUGAAAGCCACCAGAACUUGGUCUCUGCUUACGUCCACCGAGUUUCGAGGCAUGUCCAAGACUUGAAAUACUUCCCGGCCUGGCUGCAGAAGGUUCCCGCUCGUCUUGUUGGCAGCGUCUUUGGAAAGUCGAAAGAUACUACGAUUGAUGGCAUCCAACAGGACACUUUCGGUUUCCAUAAGCUUGUUAUGGUCGCAACCGAGGACGGUCGCCUUGCUGCGCUUGACGUAGGCUCGCGGGGCAAGGUGAUGUGGAACAUUGACCUCAAUAAGCUUGCGCCCGGCGCGACCUUCCAGAAUCCGACCUUGAAGGCUCACAGCGGCUAUGUUGAAGUCAGAGAUCCAAGCUUCAAAGGAUCGGUAUUGGUAAAUUCAACCACUGGAGGUCGACUGUCUUCUCAGGGUCUCAAAACGCACGUGCCUUUGGUUUCAGAGGGACAGGAGUUGGUGUCGUUUCACUUGGUCGAUAGCACCUUGAAAGGUACACUGGAGAAUCAGCCAAGCUCCGAGCCCGUGUGGAGCUUCACGCCUCCUAAUGGAGAACGAAUCGUUGACUACGCGACACGACCGCUCAAAGAUCCUGUUGCCUCUAUCGGAAAAGUACUGGGUGAUAGGAGAGUACUUUAUAAGUACCUGAACCCCAAUCUUGUGCUUGUUACUGCAGUCCUCGACUCUGCUCGUACAGCCUCGUUCUAUCUGUUGGACUCUGCGUCUGGGCAGUUACUGCAUACCAUCUCCCACAACGAUGUCGAUACCUCCAGGCCUAUUCCGUCCACCAUCUCCGAGAACUGGUUCAGCUACUCGUUCACUACCAAUUCUGCCUCAGGAUUGUCGGCUCGAGGCUAUCAACUCGUCAUCUCAGAUCUUUACGAAUCUCCCCUUCCGGACGACAGGGGGCCAUUGGGCGCCUCAUCCAACUCUUCGACCGUGCAGCCCUCUGACUCCAUGGGCGAUGCCGCAAAACCAUAUGUGAUCUCGCAAAGCUACCAGAUCCCGGCGGAACUCUCGCAUAUGACAGUCACGCAAACAAAACAAGGCAUUACUAGCCGUGAGCUUCUGGUUACCGUGCCCGCAACUAAUUCUAUCAUUGGCAUUCCGCGCCAGGUCAUCGACCCUCGACGACCAGUUGGUCGCGAUCCUACCGCACAGGAGCAGGCCGAAGGUCUUUCCAAAUACACCCCAGUUGUUCAAUUUGAUCCAAAGUGGCAUCUGACGCACAAGUACGAGGUUUUGGGAAUAAAAGACGUUAUUACCAGUGAGAGUGGGAUUGAGAGUACAAGUCUAGUGUUCGCGUACGGACUGGAUAUCUUUGGAACCCGCGUUGCGCCCAGUUUUGCAUUUGAUAUCUUGGGUAAGGGUUUUAACAAGAUACAAAUGCUUCUCACAGUCGCGGCACUAUUUGUUGGCGUCUUAUUUGUUGCUCCUCUGGUCAGGAGAAAGCAGAUCGACUCUCUUUGGACGAUACCCUAG